UGCCAAAUGCCACUAACUUCAAUCAUCUAAGAGUCUGCUUUUGUUGUCCUCAAGAACCUGCACCCCCUUAUCCCAACCUCACCGCUUGUUUUCUCCCAACUCCAAAUCCAAAACUCUCUCUAACUCUAAAAGAGAGCAAAGAAAAAAGAGUGAAAUUCUAACUCACUUGGUCAGGACAGUGAAUUGUUGAGAAACAUGGCGUCAUUUGCAGGAACAACCCAAAAGUGCAUGGCUUGUGACAAGACUGUUUAUCUUGUUGAUAAGUUAACAGCUGAUAAUCGUAUCUACCACAAAGCCUGUUUUCGAUGCCAUCACUGCAAAGGAACUCUCAAGCUUGGUAAUUACAAUUCCUUUGAGGGAGUACUAUAUUGCAGGCCACACUUUGAUCAGCUCUUCAAAAGAACUGGCAGUCUUGACAAAAGCUUUGAAGGGACCCCAAAAAUUGUAAAACCUGAGAAACCUAUUGAUAGUGAGAAACCUUCCGCGAAUAAAGUUUCAAGUAUGUUUGGUGGAACCAGAGACAAAUGCUUUGGCUGUAAAAAAACUGUCUAUCCAACUGAGAAGGUAACGGUAAAUGGAACUCCUUAUCACAAGAGCUGUUUCAAAUGCACUCAUGGAGGAUGUGUGAUCAGCCCAUCCAACUACAUUGCACACGAGGGCCGACUCUACUGCAAACAUCACCACAUCCAACUCAUCAAGGAGAAAGGCAACUUAAGCCAGCUUGAGGGUGAACAAGAGAAGGAUGCAAUGGAUGAGAAUGUCAAUGGCAGAGAAGUUGCUGCCGAGACAUAAACUGCUUAAUAAAUUGUUCUGUUUUUUCCCUUCCCAUCAUGGUUUCUCCCUACCCUCUCUGCUCUCACUAUCCCUAUUGGUGUAACAAUUUUAGGCCUUAUGAUUAAAGUGCUGAUGGAAUUCUUAGUAUUUCCUGUUGAGGUGUGUGCGCCUUCAUUUUUGCUGUUUUUUGGGGUUUGUUGCGAGAUUGUGGAUGUUCAAAUGGAUGCCAAGACCUAUUUGAUUCUCAGUAUGUGAUGCAGUAACAAGUAUUAGUGUUCUGUUUGUGAA